CUUAUUUGUCCAAGUAGAAGAAAAAAUCAGAGAGAUCAAAACAAAACCCUAGAUUUAAAGAGAGUGUUAAUUACCAACCAUGGAGAAGAUGAUGAGAGAACCUCUGCGUGUAGACGAGUCUUCAUUGAAGCAUGUCUCUGUUCUUGGCAGAGGAAGCUUUGGCUGUGUCUCUCUCCAACGCGAUUCUAACUUCCGACUCUACGCAAAGAAGUCAUCUUCCUCGUUCAAUCAAUUGAAGGAUUUCCAUAAAGAGGUUAGGAUCAUGCUUCGUUUCCGCAAUCAUCCUCGCAUCGUCCAAGCCUUAAGCUCUGUCGUUCACUUAUCCACCCCACCAGAACAAAGAUGUCACAUCUAUAUGGAGUAUGCCUCCAAAGGCACUCUCUUCAAUAUGAUCUCCCGGUUUCGUGGGACGCCGAUGUCUGAGAAUAUGAUCGGACGUGCCGCUUUUAUGAUUCUACAAGGACUCGAGGCUCUUCACUCAAACGGCUACGUUCACUGCGACCUCAAGCCAGCCAACGUCCUCGUCUUCCCUUCCACCACUGUUGGAGAGCCAUGGGAUCUUAAGCUUGCUGAUUUCGGUUGCUCUAAAGAGCCUUGUACGGAUUCUAGGUCGUUGUUUCAUGGUACGGAGCAGUACAUGCCGCCAGAAUCUCUUGGACCGGACGGAGUGAUGGGAUCGUCGACCGUUGAUAUAUGGUCUCUAGGGUGUAUGAUUAUUGAGAUGUUUGGAGGUUGUCCAUUGAAUAUGGGNUGGAGUAUGCCU